AUGGAGCCAAAUAUCCCCACGCUUCCUACUGAAGAUGGCUCACAGGCCGCUAGCCAACUGCGACAGCCAAAGAAAAGAUUUGUCGGACGACGAACCGCAGAUGCCCAAGCCCAGAAGGAUACAACCAGCCAGAAAGAUGUCGAGUCUACAGCGGUGCAAACAGCCGCUCCCAGACGCACUCCUCGCACCCUCAACCAAGUGCCACCAGAGAUUCUGAACGAUCCCGAGAUCCUAGAAGCAAUGGAACUUCUCCCCAAGAACUACUCCUUCGAGAUCCCCAAGACAAUCCACCGAGUCCGUACAUCAGGCGCCAAGCGAGUAGCACUCCAAUUCCCCGAAGGACUUCUCAUCUUCGCGACCACCAUCUCCGACAUCCUCACCCAGUUCUGCCCUGGGAUCGAAACCCUCAUCAUGGGCGACGUCACCUACGGCGCCUGCUGUAUCGACGACUACACUGCGCGCGCCCUAGGAUGCGAUCUACUAGUACACUACGCACACAGCUGUCUGAUCCCAGUCGACGUAACCCAAAUCAAAACCCUCUACAUCUUCGUAGACAUCAGCAUUGACACAAGCCACCUCCUCGCGACCCUCGAGCGCAACUUCAAGCCGGGUCAAUCAAUCGCAACCGUCGGCACAAUCCAGUUCAACGCAACGCUCCACGGACUCAAACCCGUCCUCGAACGUGCCGGCUUCCGCGUCAUAAUCCCGCAAAUCACCCCACUCUCCAAAGGCGAGAUCCUAGGCUGCACAUCACCCCAGCUCUCCGAAACCGAUAUCGACGCAAUCCUCUACCUUGGUGACGGCCGCUUCCACCUCGAAUCUGCCAUGAUCCACAACCCCUCCAUCCCAGCCUACCGAUACGAUCCGUACUCUCGAACCCUAACACGCGAGAGCUACGAACACGAGGAGAUGCAGACGAUCCGCCGGGACGCAAUCGCUACAGCCAAGACGGCCCGCAAGUGGGGGAUUAUCCUCGGUUCGCUUGGUCGACAGGGUAACCCGCAUACUAUGGCGAUGAUCGAGCGACACCUGCGCGAGCGCGGGAUUCCAAUUGUCAACUUGUUGCUGAGUGAGAUCUUCCCUGGUAAAUUGGCUUCUAUGGCGGACGUGGAGUGCUGGGUGCAAAUUGCUUGUCCGCGGUUGAGUAUUGAUUGGGGAUAUGCAUUUUCGCGGCCGUUGCUGACGCCGUAUGAGGCACUUGUUGCGUUGGGUGUGCGGGAGAAUUGGGAUACGGGGAAUAAGGGCGUUUAUCCGAUGGACUUUUAUGCGAAGGAGGGACUUGGGCGCACGAAGCCGCAGGUUUAG